AGUAAGGCCAAGAAAACUUCCGGUUGGAGCAGCGGGACUCAUUUGACGACCGAUUGAUUUUGAGUUUACGUUUUUUCAUUAGAAAUUGUCAGGUAAGUUAUUCUUUGCUUCUGUUGGAAUUUCGCUCCGGGAUGAUAAUUUAGUGAAGAAAGUCAUGAAAGUGAAUGGAGAAAAUAAAAACGCUUCAACAAACUUCGCCACAGCAAGGACAACAUUGAGAUAACGGCCAUGAUUUUCCUCUCGAAUACAAGUAACAAGUACAAACUCUGAAAUGUACAACGGUGAAAGUUAAACGUGAAUAUUGAUUGUCUGGAGUGCCAGACAGACAGUACCGGUACACGACCCGUUUUUUCUAACUUGGCACAACGAAAGAAAAAUAAAAAACUUGCACACAAAAUAGUUUGCCUCUUUUUGCAUAGUACUCAUACUGAGGACUCUGCUUUGGUGCAAGCAAAAUUCUGACAGGAUGAUCAAAACUGAAAUGUCUGUAAUGAGUAAAAAAUGGAUCCAUUUGCUAAAGAUUGCCAGUGGGAAAAUACACCCAAAGUUGGCGGUUUGUAGGCUGGCACAAGACGACUACUUGGCAUGAAUCCUUUUUGUCGCAGAGAAGCUAUAAAAAAUGGGACCCAACCCAUUCAAUUGACGACUGUAUGAAUUUGUCUUUGACGCCCCCCCCCAUCUCAUCCAGCAACAUGUCCGCCUCCGAGCCGGUCCCCAUGGGCCGGAAACGUGGCCUGCCCGCGUGCCCGAACCCGCUGUUCGUCAAGUGGCUCACCGAACUCCGCGACGAGGCGAAGGAGAAAGGCCUGAAGCUGCAGUACACUUACCAGAAGGCUAUCAGCUCUCUGAAUAAAUAUCCUCUUCCGCUUCGUGAUGCCAGAGAGGCCAAGAUCCUGCAGAAUUUUGGGGAUGGCAUAUGCAAGAUCCUCGACUCGAAGCUCCACCAACACUACAGAGAAUACGGUCAGGAAACGGCAGUUCGCGUGGGAGCGCCGCCGCCUGUCGGCUCAGAUGACGAGCGUCCGGUUUCCAGCCGGGAGAACACCGUUCAGGAUCAGAAAAGAGGAAGAGGAGUGGCGAAGAAAAGGAAGAGGGAAUACGCACCCCAGAAAGGAUCCGGCGGUUACGCCGUGCUGCUCGCUCUUUACAGACACUCGCAGACAGCGGGCAGUAAAGGGUUCAUGUUCAAGAUGGAGCUGCAGGCCCGAGCGCAGCAUCUCUGCCAGAAAUCUUUCACAGUGCCCGAGCUCGGCAGGAGGUCCGCGGCCUGGUCGGCGGUCGCCGCCCUGGUCAAGAGGAACCUGCUGCAGAAGACGCACUGUCCCGCACGGUCGGUCCUCAGCCUCUCCCGCCUUUGCUACAUGAACAAGACGCCUACAGAAAGAAGCUACUCUCUGACGGAGGAAGGCACGUCUUUGGCGAGGCGACUGGACGGGCCGGAGCUUGCGUCCAAAGCGCCUUUGGACCAAGACGACGAUGAAGACGAAGGUGCUCCUGCAGCCAUUGACCUCGCUGCGAGUGAGGAUGACGAGGAGGAGGACGGCGUACAACCGAGAUGCGAGGCGGCGAGCGGAGGACGCCUCCUCGCCGGCACCUUCGACAUCGUCCUCUGCGUGGACGUCAUCGAGACGUGCGGCGGCGGCCGCCCCUGCAAGCGGGAGCUGGUCAGAGAGCUGCAGAGGAGCCGGGUCAACUUCGACGUCAGGAAGCUCAACGUCGGGGACUUCCUGUGGGUGGCCCGGGAGAAGGUCACGCCUUCGUCAGGUCUCGCGCGAGAGCUGGUCCUCGAUUACAUCGUCGAAAGGAAGCGGAUGGACGACCUGUGCGGCAGCAUCAUCGACGGACGCUUCAGGGAGCAGAAGUUUCGCCUGAAGAGGUGCGGCCUGCGCAGGCCCAUCUACCUGGUGGAGGGAGGCGGGAAGGAGGCGGCCCACCUCAGCAUCCCCGAAAUGACCCUGCGGCAGGCCGUCGUCAACACGCAGGUGGCGGACGACUUCUUCGUCAAGCGGGUGCGGGACGUGAGGGAAUCGGCGGCCUACCUCGCCGCCAUGACCGCGCAGCUCGCCAAACUCUACCAGAAGCGCACGCUGGCGUGCCGCUCUCGCGAGCUGGACGGUGACCCCGACCGCAGUGACGUCGUGACCCCCUUCUGUUCCCUCGUGUCGUUCUCCGAGUUUAACUACGGCGCUGUCAAAAACAAGACAAAGCGGCGGCUGUCCUGGAGAGAUACAGCACCCCGCACAGUCUCCUGGCGGCGUACGCCAAGUGCAAAAGUGACGACGGGAAGGAGAAACUGCUGUCCAGCGUUCCAUACGGGAGGCUCAGCAGGUUGCUUUUUUGCCCUUGCACCUUGCUCAGUUAGCGAUGCUUACGGCGGCCUUUUUGGAAGAAUUAGCUAUCGAAUCUCAACCGCCACGGGGCUAAAUACGUUUCACUUUUCUUUUUCAAAGGAAUCUGGGUCCGGCUUUGAGCCGAACUCUCUCCCAGCUGUACUGCACCAACGGAGCGCUGUCUUAGCUCGUCUUCCAGGCUGACUAUGUCUUGCUGUCACCAUUUGCUUUUUGUCAUUUCAUUCUGCGCUUAUACAGGAAGUAGUCGAACAGAUCACGUGACCGCGCACUGUUGAAGUCGCUCAGCAGAAUGUCGCUGGAAACAAACACGACGAGCCGCCGUGAAGCUAACGGAGCAACUUAUUUCUACGGUUCUGAUCCCUAACCUGUGACAAAUUCCCUUUCUUAUAAAACAGGCGAACAAGGGGGAAAGUCGGGACUUGUUUUUGAACUUUUAAGUGCAAUUUCCUAAUCAAUGGUAGUUCUGUUAGUGUGGAAUUUCUUAAUGUAGUUCAUUUGAGCUGUAUUACUGUCAUUACUAGUAUUACUGGAUCAAGUUCCUCCUCAACUUGUUUUGGACAGAUUUCAUUGUUUUGCUUAAUAUCCCCGAGCAAGGAUUGUGUGUUCUCUUGGCUUCCCUUUUUUGUGUGCGCUAGUCUGUGCAGUGUCCCCCUUGACCGAUCCGUUCAGUCAAGUGCCAUGGGACACGAACCUCCUUGGUGAAUGACAUUCAGAAAAUGUAAAGUUGGAAGUACACGAGAAGGCGCUACUAAUACAUUGAUGCAUUUAAGUCUAAUAUGUAUGGUAAUUGUAUGUCUUUAUAAUGUACCUGAAAUAAGGUUCUUUUCCUAAGUGAAGGUUCUGGUUCAGAGAAAAGGUACUAGUGCCAAGAGAAGGUUUUAGUCUGAAGGUUUGCAUUUUGCAGUUGCAGUUUUUAUAUCUACCAAUGUGUACCACCAUUACUGUGACAAUAAAUAUGAAUAUGAAAUCAUUAAUUUGUGUAAAAACACAACUAGAUCCUGAAAAGGUAGCAGUGAUGUGGGUUUUCUGAAUUCAGAGCACUAACCUUUACAUUAAGUGAUUUGAGUCCGUUUUUAUAUUCAGUGAUGAAUAGACAAUUUAACGACUAAUUAUGGCAAUCACUGGAGCGGUUUCCCCAGUGCUUUCUAGUCUCAACAUUCUGACAAAAGUUGAUUAAGAAACUAACAACAAUCAGAGUAGUUACUUUGGCGGAAUUUAAUUUGGAAAUAAUACAGUACUGUAUUAUGCACACACGGGUAUUGUAGUAUUGCCCAAAAA